AUGGCCAAGAAAGGCGGCAAAGCGGCCGCCGUAACUGCUGCUUCCAAAAGGACAUCAAAAACAGCCAAGCCAGAGCCAGAGCCUGCUCCUAUUCCCGCACAAUCUUCGCUCGCCGAUGAGCUCGCCGCUGCCGCCAACGACGCUACUACACACGAUGGCUACGAAUCGAGCACUCAUACGGACAACGACGACUUUGAAGACGCCGCCGACGGCUCCCAUGCUGACGAAAUGACGCCUUCGUCCAGCAUUGCAACUACCAUCGAUGCAUCUCUCCAGCAGCAGUCUGAUCCUAAGGCAAACCAGGACGCGUCAAAUGAGCACACAGCAGAUCAGUCCCCGGCAAGAAGACCUUCUCUACUUGCCCACGAAUCCGAAGCACUCGUGCAUACACCGAAACCCACCGAUACUGUCUUUUCUGACCUACCUACGUCUUCAGAGAGUAUCGUUGCCGAUGGUGGUGCCCGCACGAGCAUCGCCGCGAGCUCUUCUACCGCCACGUUUGUCGCACCGGAACCGACAGCUGAGGACCAUCAAGAUACUCCGCUCAGCUCAGCCGAGAUCAGGGAAAGCCGAUCCGCAUCCGACUCGCUCAUCCUCGAUGAAGAGAGCGCAAAGGCUACGUUGCCCGACCACGUCGAAAAGGUACCGCCCUCGGUUGGCGCUACAUCACUGCUCGAACCGGACGAGACCAUCUCGAAUCCUUUCGCCUCCGCAGACGAUUCUGCUUCUCAACCCAUUCGAUAUUCGCAAUCAGCUACAGGCGAUGCGUCCUCGACAUCUGCGAAUCCACCACCCGACACACCAAGCAUGAACUCGAAUCACUUUUCCACCAUCAGUCUCGGCAGCACCUUGGCUUCUGGUUCCAGUGCCGUGGAGGAUGACGCCGUGUGGGCGGCAACUGAACGACGCGAUUCACGGCGAGACACCAUCACCACCAACGGCGCCCGCAGCAGCCUUGCCGCCGAAGCAGCACGUUCCAACGGCAGCAGCGACGACUCCCGUUCCAACUACGACUUUUUGCUCGCCCGACUCAACACGCAGAACAAGAGGCUCAGCGGCGAUCCCCAGCAGAUGCGCGCCAGCAUCGACGGAGCCGUCAAGCUGCGCGAGAACUUCGAAAAGCUGCGCGAUCAGGGUCAGCGACACUCGCGCACAGACUCGCAGAACAGGUCGGUGGCCGAACAGAAUUCUUCCAGCCACGACUCGAAGGAGUCGGGAUCGUCGCUCAUGUCGCCCUCUGUCCACUCGUCUGCACCUGCCAACAACGGCGGCGAAAGCAGUGCGUCUGCAGCUGCGCGCGAAUCGCUCCUCUCCACCAGCGCCGAUACAGCCUACACGGGACCACCAGCCGACGACCUCGCCGAAUCCGAUAUCGACUGGGAGUUUUGGGGCGAAGUCAUGUCCAACUACCAGUCUGUUGCUCGCAACCACCCACGUCAGCUUUCUCGAGCCAUCCAGGCGGGUAUCCCGCCCGCUCUGCGUGGCAUGAUGUGGCAGCUCAUGAGCAGCAGCAAGGACGAAGAGAUGGAGAUCAUCUAUGCCUACUACCUCAAGCAGACUUCGCCGCACGAGAAGGCGAUUCGACGCGAUCUCAACCGAACCUUCCCCGAGCAAGACUAUUUCCAGGACGGAAAGGGAAUUGGACAGGAGAACCUGUUCAACGUCAUCAAGGCCUACUCGCUGUACGAUCCGGAAGUAGGGUAUUGCCAGGGGAUGCAGUUUGUCGUUGGACCGUUGUUGCUCAACAUGCCGGACGAGGAGGCGUUCAGCACCUUUGUCCGCUUGAUGAAGUCGUACGAUUUGAGGGGUCAUUUUACGCCGAAUAUGCCGGCAUUGCAGCUGCGCUUGUUCCAGUUCGAUCGGUUGCUCGAGGACUUUUUGCCGUUGUUGCAUCGACAUUUGGUAAGACAGGGGGUGAAAUCGAGCAUGUACGCGAGCCAGUGGUUCAUGACGCUGUUCAGCUAUAGGUUUCCGUUGGAGUUCGUGUAUAGGGUAUUGGAUAGUGUAUUUGCGGAAGGGGUGGAGGCGUUGUUCAGGUUUGCGGUGAGUUUGAUGAAGAGGAAUGAGGAGGUGAUGUUGGGGAUGGGAUUUGAUGAGGUGGUGAAGUAUCUCAAGGGGGAGUUGUUUGAAUGUUAUCGACGGGAAGUGGAUGGAGAUACGACGGUGGAUGGUGGUGAACGUGGGUAUCAUACGAAUGCGUUUGUUAGGGAUGCAUUCGAAGUGCGCAUCACACCGUUUCAACUCGACACCUAUGCGGGGGAAUUCGACACCCAAGUCCGAGCAGCCAACGCCCACCGUAGAGAAGUCGAAGCCCUCCGUCUCGUCAACCGCAACCUCUCCGCCCGAGUCAAAGCACUAGAAUCCCAGCUCACAAGCCUCAACGCAGAACACGUCGAUAUGGUCAAAGACGUCGUCAUGGCAAAAAUCGCAAAGGAAGAAAUGGCCGAGGAACUGGUCAAAUACAAGAUGAUGUACGCCGAAGCCGUGCUAGCUGCGGAUCAGGAGAGUGGGAACAAUAGGAGUAGCGCAAAAGGUAUCGCUCUACAGAGGCAGAGACAGGUCGAAGAGAGGUCCAGAGACAGCGGUAGCAGCGGCACCGGUAUCUAG